ACCUGUAAGUAGAGCUCUCUCUCCCAUCAGCUGCCAUUAAGAAAAAGAUGCAAUUGGUCUUAGAUUUUUCUCUCUCACUUGUUGGGAGGGGUGGGGCAGCGGGAAUAGAAAGGAUAUGGAGAGUGGGGUGUAAAUAAGGCAGACGCUCCAGAGAGGGUGGGAAUAGAGCUUCACGAAAGGAAAAUAGAUGAACCUGGUUGGUACAACAUAGCUUCCCCAGACCCACCCACCCACCGACCGACCGUUCCCCCAGCUCUGUGCUGUGGCGGCAGUGGUUGACGGCGAGCGGUGCGGGGCGGAAGGGACAGCUCCAGCCAGCAGCGGCUGUUUAGGGGGGACAAAUGAGACCUGCAGGUCCAAGUCGGAGCCCGGUGAUCUCACCUUCGGACGAGUGAGCUCUCCGGACCUGGGGUCAGCUUGGCUGCAACCCCAGCUCGCGGCUCGGGCCGCCCCCGGCUGGGCUGCGAGCGCCGGCUGGACCCGCCCCGAGCUCCAUGGUCCGCCCAGCCCCGCGCGAUGGUGACUCUGGGCGCCGAGGUCCGCGCGGGGCGAGCCCACGGCUCGCAGAAUGAAAGCGGGUGGCUCGGCGGGCCGCCGGCAGGGCUGUCUCCGCGAGCCCAGCGCCCCGGGGAGGCGGCCCAACCACCUGAACCCGGAAAACGCCAACAAGUAGUUUCUCGUUGGAGAAGGGCGGCUCGGCUGGGUGAAAGCACUCAGUCCGGCUGCCCGGAGAACCUCGUCCACUCGGAAACCAGAGCAGAACCACUUUUCACUCGGUCUCGUUAAGUCAUGUCUGAGGCACAGAGAUGGGCAAGAUCGAGAACAACGAGAGGGUAAUCCUCAAUGUCGGGGGCACCCGGCACGAAACCUACCGCAGCACCCUCAAGACCCUGCCCGGGACGCGCCUGGCCCUCCUCGCCGCCUCCGAACCCCAGGGCGACUGCCUGACAGCGGCGGGCGACAAGCUGCAGCCGUCGCCCCCUCCGCUCUCGCCGCCGCCGCGACCGCCCCCACUGUCCCCGGGGCCCGCGGGCUGCUUUGAGGGCGGCGCGGGCAAUUGCAGCGCCCGCGGCAGCGACCACCCUGGGGGCGGCCGCGAGUUCUUCUUCGACCGGCACCCGGGGGUCUUCGCCUAUGUGCUCAACUACUACCGCACCGGCAAACUGCACUGCCCCGCCGACGUGUGCGGGCCGCUCUUCGAGGAGGAGCUGGCCUUCUGGGGCAUCGACGAGACCGACGUGGAGCCCUGCUGCUGGAUGACUUACCGGCAGCACCGCGACGCUGAAGAGGCGCUCGACAUCUUCGAGACCCCCGACCUCAUCGGCGGCGACCCUGGCGACGACGAGGACCUGGCGGCCAAGAGGCUGGGCAUCGAGGACGCCGCGGGCCUCGGGGGCCCCGACGGCAAGUCUGGCCGCUGGAGGAGGCUGCAGCCCCGCAUGUGGGCUCUCUUUGAGGACCCCUACUCGUCCAGAGCCGCCAGGUUUAUUGCUUUUGCUUCAUUAUUCUUCAUUCUGGUUUCAAUCACAACCUUUUGCCUGGAGACACAUGAAGCUUUCAAUAUUGUUAAAAACAAGACAGAACCAGUCAUCAAUGGCACAAGCGUUGUUCUACAGUAUGAAAUUGAAACGGAUCCUGCCUUGACGUACAUAGAAGGAGUGUGUGUGGUGUGGUUUACUUUUGAAUUUUUAGUCCGCAUUGUUUUUUCCCCCAAUAAACUUGAAUUCAUCAAAAAUCUCUUGAACAUCAUUGACUUUGUGGCCAUCCUACCCUUCUACUUAGAGGUGGGACUCAGUGGGCUGUCAUCCAAAGCUGCUAAAGAUGUACUUGGCUUCCUCAGGGUGGUCAGGUUUGUGAGGAUCCUGAGAAUCUUCAAGCUAACCCGUCAUUUUGUAGGUCUGAGGGUGCUUGGACACACUCUUCGAGCUAGUACUAAUGAAUUCUUGCUGCUGAUAAUCUUCCUGGCUCUAGGAGUUUUGAUAUUUGCUACGAUGAUCUACUAUGCGGAGAGAGUGGGAGCGCAACCCAAUGACCCUUCAGCUAGUGAACACACGCAGUUCAAAAACAUUCCUAUUGGGUUCUGGUGGGCCGUAGUGACCAUGACUACCUUGGGCUAUGGAGAUAUGUAUCCCCAAACAUGGUCAGGGAUGCUGGUGGGUGCCCUGUGUGCUCUGGCUGGAGUGUUGACAAUAGCCAUGCCAGUUCCUGUCAUUGUCAACAAUUUCGGGAUGUACUACUCCUUGGCAAUGGCGAAGCAGAAACUUCCAAGAAAAAGAAAGAAGCACAUCCCUCCUGCCCCUCAAGCAAGCUCGCCUACUUUUUGCAAGACAGAAUUAAAUAUGGCCUGCAAUAGCACACAGGGUGACACUUGCCUGGGCAAAGACAAUCGGCUUCUGGAACAUAACAGAUCAGUUUUAUCUCUGCCACAUGGGGCCAUGCAUUUUAACCUAAUUCACAAGAAGAAGUUACAUAAGAAGAAUGGAUGUUUACAUUUCAAAAGCCUAAGCCCCAAAGAAGUGAUAUUGUUAUCAGGUGACGACAGUACAGGAAGUGAGCCGCCAUUAUCACCCCCAGAAAGGCUCCCCAUCAGACGCUCUAGUACCAGAGACAAAAACAGAAGAGGGGAAACAUGUUUCCUACUGACGACAGGUGAUUACACGUGUGCUUCUGAUGGAGGGAUCAGGAAAGGAUAUGAAAAAUCCCGAAGCUUAAACAACAUAGCGGGCUUGGCAGGCAAUGCUCUGAGACUCUCUCCAGUAACAUCACCCUACAACUCUCCUUGUCCUCUGAGGCGCUCCCGAUCUCCCAUCCCAUCUAUCUUGUAAACCAAACUGUAUCAGUCAACUAAAUUGUCUUAAUUCAAGUACUGUUUACUCCAUAAUGGAAAUAAAUGUAGAUUUACUCCAGGCUCCAUUAGUACAGUAUAAAUCUUGCAUGAUCCUACUAUCCGAAGUCAGAAAUGCCAUUUGGGUAGCUAAUGAAUCUUAUCCUUGCUUUAAAGAUUAUCUAAAGUAGUGCUACUACUUCUCCAUAUUAAUUGCCCCAAUUUAUUGCUCCAUAUUAUUGCUCCUUUCGCAAUAAAAUGAUAGAUAGGGUCAGAUAUUGGCCAGUACCCUAAUACAUAAACGUAUCUUCAGGGAGAUAUAUUUAAACCAGUGUGCUUCCAAAUGCCAACCACUUCAUGGGAACUUCAUUUCUUGUGACUUUAAACCAUUCUGAAGAUAUCUGGAAUUCUAUUUUGAUUACACACGACAUGACUGUGGUCAGCUCAUUUGCAUGGACCAUCUUGUCUCCAUCACCCGAAAGCAAUGUCACGGAGUUCGGGACUGUGAUGGCUUGGGAUAUGUGUACUUGCAUCGAAUCAUCCUAAUGAUGUGAAAGCACUGGUCGACUUCUGCAUGUUGAAUUGUGGGGCAGGGAGGGCGAAUUUCUCCUUGAUAUUUUUUUCCUUUAUUCUUUGAAAGAAAUAUUUGUUUAAAAUAGUUUAAUUUCUUGAUUGAUUUACUUUUCUUCCAAAAUGCUGUAUUGGAUUCUGAAUGUCUCUGGUUGUUUGCACACAGAUAACUGCAAAGAGGUUGUCAUUACUGGUUACACGCAAGCCGAGGCCAGAUCUCUUACUUAAAGGCUUGGGGAAGGCACAAAACAUGAGAGAAAGGUAACUGCCAGCCAGGCUUGCAUUGUUUAAAUAGGAAUUGCUACUUGGUACUAGAGUCAUUAUUAUUUUUUUUAAAUCCCAGAAUUUGUCAUCAUUUUCAGAAACAGAGUGCCAAAUAUCACUCAAAGCUCUUGUCAUUUUUUACCCCCUUUCUUUAUUUUUAUUUAUUAAUUUUUUUGCAAACAACAAAGAGCACUGUUGUUCACAGGAAGCUUUCUUGACCAGCCUUAAAUUUCUGAUGCACAGGAUUAGAUUUUCAGGCAGUGUUUAAUCAGGUGCUUUGUCCUGUAUGUUGUUCUGUCCGUCUGUCGUAGCUUCCUGUCUUAAAUGUAUAUGCCAUCUGUCUCCAUGAAGCACAGAAAUGCCUUGAGAAGGUGUUCAUGAUAUUAUUACUUCUCUCCUGUCCCUUGCCUUCUUUGCUACUUGGAACAAGUCUCUCUACUUUGUGUAUAAAUUAUUGAGCCCCAGGGAGUUCCCGUUGUGGCGCAGUGGAAACAAAUCCAACUAGUAUCCAUGAGGAUGUGGGUUCAAUCCCUGGCUUUGCUUAGUGGAUCAGGGAUCCCAAGUUGCCAUGAGGGGUGGUGUAGGUCACAGACGCGGCUCAGACUCUGCGUUGCUGUGGCUGUGGUAUAGGCCAGCAGCUAUAGCUCCAAUUCAACCCCUAGCCUGGGAACUUCCAUAUGCCAUGUAUUUGGCCCUAAAAAGCAAAAAUAAAAUAAAAAAAUUAUUGACGCCCCAUAGACUACCUAAAUUAAACAGUACUGUGAAUCUUUUUGAUAAGCAGGAUAUAAACAGCAAUUUCACCAUUGCAUUUGGUUGCCUGCUGCAGUGUCAGUUUCUACUACUUAGCAACUAGAAUUCAUUACCACACUCCAGUGAAAUCCCUCGGUGUCUUAUUCAGUGCAAGUGGAAAAAACUCUGUUUAAACAUCCCCACAAAUGCAAUAGCAAUAGUGUAUCUGGUGUGUGGGGCAUGAGAGGGAAGGAAAAUGCCAUACUAUAAAUUGAGAGAUAAUCAUAUUUCUACACAUUUAGGAUCCUUGAGACUGCUAAUUCCUAAUGCUCAUGUUUAUUUUUAGAAAGACAUUUGUCGUUUUUAUGAUUGGCCACCUAACAUGUACUACUUUAUAUCCCUAAGUCCUAGAGCAUGACCUGCAUGUCAAGAGAUCUUGUACAGCAAUGUAAUUACCCAGACGUAAACAUCUUGAUAUUUAGAGAUUCAGUGAUGCUUUUGAUAACACCACACAUAGAAAGUUAUAAUUACAUACAGCUUUUACGGUAAAGGAAUUAAUAUACUGUCUGGUGCUGCUGUUAUUGACUGCAGUGUUGUACAGAAUUUAUCAUGGAUUUUUGACUGCUGAAAAAGGGACAAUGGAAUUUAGCCAUACCAAGGACUGUACUGGAAACAGACUUCUGCUGCUGAAUGUGCCCUGUUGUGACCAGGUUGCACUUGGAAGAAAUCCCGAGUCUUCAUGAGGCAUUUGAAGCUUAUCAAAACUGUGGCUAGAACUCAUUUGGUGCUCCCCAUAGGAGUGGUCUGCUUACGGACUGGCCAGUGUCCAUGAAACAACUGUAAAUACCAACGUGUGUGCAUGGGUCAACAGCUUUGGCCAUCUCACCUCAAAGGAAGCCAAAUUCAUGAUCAACAUCUCUGGAGCUUCAAGUAAGGCCCAUACCUCUGUGAAUUACCCCUCAUGGACCCGCAGUAGAUUGUGCUGUGACUAUUACAAAGCAGUAAUAUUGGUGUGGUAUAGGUCUGUUUUAAUUUCUCUUACUUCUCCUUUGUUGAUUGAACCCAUGAACAUUGUAUCAUUUUUUAAAUAAACCAAUUAUAUUUUCAGCUUGUCAUAUUAUGUUGUGAAAUUUUCAGUGCCUAUUUAUUAAAACUGACCUAUUUGUAAGUCCUACAUUUAAGUUCUGAAAAAAUGACUUAAAAACACUCACUAAUAUCAUUCAUAGUUUGUCUUUUGUCAUUGUUACCUCAAUUAUAAAUAUUACAAAAAAUAAAAUUCUGGCAAUGAGAGUAUUUUUUUAUUAAAUGAUCAAGGAACAAUGUCGUUGUAUAGUAGAAUAUUAAUUGAAUUAUAUCCUAAAAUGUAUAUUUUGCAUAAAAGAGAUAUUCUUCAAUCACUUUUUUGUGAGUUUUGUGGUAAAUGAAGCUUGUAAUUGUCUUUAAAACUGUUGUAGUUGAAACUGUGUAAGAAUUCUUCAUCUUGCUUAAUCAGUAUUUCCAGAAUCUAUUAGUUCCCCUGGGAUUCUGAAUAUAACCUAUAAUCUAAUUAUGAACCACUGUGUCGUGGACCUUUCAUGAACAUCUCAAGGUGCAUGCACAACCUUGGUGAUAGCCAAUGGAAAUGUAACUAACUGAAAUGAAGAAUAAAAGGCAAAUAAGCUGGGGAUAAAUGUGAAUCUUAUCUGAUUAAAUUAUUCAUAUUA